AAAUGGGGUGUGGAUACUUUGCAAGGCAAUGUAAUAUUUUUUCUGACAUCUCCUUCCUUCCUGUCUGCAGGGAUUUCAAUGCCGAUUCCUGUACUGGGACUCAGAGACCAUUCCAAAGUUUUCAAAAAUGGGAACUGCCUGUUAACAGAUGACAACUUUGUACUGGUGGGUUCCUUCAUUGCCUUUUUUGUUCCACUAACCAUCAUGAUUGUCACCUACUUCCUGACCAUCAGUGCGCUACAGAAUGAAGCCACACUCUGCUUGGACCAGCUUGUUCCCCGGCCCAAAUGGAGCACAACAUUCACACUGAGCUUCUUUCCUCAAAGUUCUGUAUCCUCUGAGAAACUCUUCAGACGCUCAAUAAGCCGAGAGGUUGGAGGAAGAGGAAGCACUGGCGGCCUCGGUGGUGCACGUGGGAGCAUCUCCAAUUCGAUGUUUGGCCGGCGCACUAUGCAGUCUAUCAGCAAUGAGCAGAAGGCAUCAAAGGUGCUGGGAGUUGUCUUUUUCCUCUUUGUGGUCAUGUGGUGCCCGUUUUUUAUCACAAAUGUACUGAUGGUUGUGUGCCAUCGCAAUAUAUGCCAUCCAGAGGUCAUGGAGGGUCUGCUAAACAUUUUUGUCUGGGUUGGAUACUUGUCUUCGGCUGUCAACCCACUUGUCUACACACUUUUUAACAAAACAUACCGCUCAGCUUUCAUGCGCUACAUUCGCUGCCAGUAUCAGCCAGAAAAAAAACCUCUUCAACUCAUACUGGUGAACACCAUUCCACCUAUGGCCUUCAACUCCACUCAGUUACCCCUGGAUGACAUGGGGAAGUUACACAACGGAACAAUACGAUGUGAGAAGGAAUCAAGGGAUUUCGUCUUGCCUGGGAAGGAAAAAGAGAAGUGCAAACAGGGCAAAAGCCAAAGAGACAAAGAUGAGAGCAGUGUGUAAGAAAACUCUAGUUAAAGAUGGUAUAGAUGUUUUGGAUUAAAGAAAUCCUGCAAUUAAUCUCUUUCAAUUGGUAGGGACACUCACUGUACCAUCUCAACCAAAGUGUGAAGGCUUGAGGUCAUGAGGUCAUACCUAAUAUGAAGAAAAAUAAAUUAUUGCAUUCUCAAAAUGUUCUUAGUAUGUUCCAGAAUCAUCUAAGAUUUGACCAUUUUAAAACACUUUGAGGAACUGAGAAAAACUUAUCCCUCACCAGUUGAGUGGUUGAUUUAGAGAUUUAAAAUUUAAUUUUGAAAUCUAGCUGGUCUUUAAUGGCAUUCUUCCGUGUAAAGGAAGAAAUACGCCUUUAUUCACCUGGCCACAAUGAAAGACACAACAUUUUGUAAAAUAAUGGUAUUUUUGCAUAACUUCAUUUCCUUCUGGCACUCACAUGCUGUAAACCCAGUUGCUCAUUCACUCUGCCAGCUUUCUGGCAUCCUACCUUCCAUCAAACUGUACCUUUGGGUGGAUCAGAGGGGAUUAUACGGGAUUUGCUCCCACUUCACGGAGAGAAGGUGUCAGACAGGGAAAACUUGACACACCUCGACUCCAAACACUCACAAAGGUCAGAUUAAGCUGCCAAAAAAAACUUUCUGCCUCUGUUCUUUUGGAACUCUGUAUGAAAAAGAUUAUAUUUUCAAGACUGAAAAUGAUUGUUGCAUUGUAUUGCCAAUAUGAAGACUGCAAAAUGAGAUUAUAAUAGCAGGAAAUAAUGGAUUUAAAUGUAGAUGUAUCCUUUGUGAAAGUCAGAGCUCAUUUUGUGUUCUUACUAAACGAUGGGUGGACAUUUUCACAGUUGUUUCAGUCAUUACACAUGGUGUCCAGUGUUUUGAUAGGUGGUAUCCACAUGUUUAAACCUUUGUAUGAAAAUUUGUGAACGUGGUACUGAUGUGACAGACUGAAUAACGUGACUCAUUAAUGCAAAAUGUGUUGUUCAGGUGAAAGCUGCACAUUGUGCAUCAUCUUUUGAGAGUAAAAGCAGAACUGUGUUCUUUCAAUACAAUAUUUUUGUAUUUGCUAAAAUUUUCAGAAUGCCAUAAUAGCAAUGAAGGUGAAGGAUGAAGGUGAAGGAUGAUAAUGCAAAAGUAAUCCUUCAGAAUAAACCUUCAGUUUAUUCUGAAGUCCACAAUGUAAAACCAACCAGGGACUGACAGAACAUCUAACCAAUACACAAAACAGUCAUUUCUACAAUUCUUGUGGUUACUUGCCCACUUGUAAAAGACAGCCUUCUCAAAAACAACAAAAAAAA